GUAUGUACUUAACAGAAAUUGGGCCGAACACUCAAACAUAAAUUUAACAAACAGAGAACGUUGGUGGCGAUGUCGGAGAGGCUAACACCAACCAGGAAGAGGAAAAUGGGAGACGGAGAAGAUACAACUCCCAAGAAACCUGCGGCAAAAUGGCCUCUCAUCAAACCCAAAAAGAAUCUUCAGAUUACCCGACUCCGAGAUUUCGAUCUCUUCACGGUCCAGAAUUUUUUCUCCUCUGCUGAAUCGAAGGCAUUCGUUAAAAAUGCUGAGUCAAUUGGUUUUGCUCAUCAAGGGAGUCUAGGUCCUACUUAUGGUGAAGCUUACAGAGAUAAUGAUCGAAUCUCGGUGGAUGAUCCUGUCCUUGCAGAUACUAUUUGGGAGUCUGGACUUAGCAAACUAUUCUCUGAUAUAAAAAUUCGUGGAAAGGUUGCUGUAGGCCUGAAUCCAAAUAUUAGAUUCUAUAGGUACAAGACUGGCCAGCGGUUUGGACGGCACAUUGACGAAAGUGUUAAUCUUGGAGAUGGAAAACGUACUUAUUAUACUCUUCUAGUGUAUUUGAGCGGUGGGCCUGGUGAACUUAAAUCAAAGCCCAAAAAUGACUCCAGCAAUUCCUCAGUUUCAUCUGUUGAUCCUUUAGUUGGAGGAGAAACAGUUUUUUAUGGUUUAAGAAAUAAGAUUGUGGCUGAGGUGGCUCCUACUGAAGGGACAGCACUUCUUCACCUUCACGGAGAUAAAUGUUUGUUGCAUGAAGCCAGAAAUGUUACCAAGGGUAUCAAGUAUGUGUUUCGUUCAGAUGUGGUAUUUGCUUGAAGAAUGUUUCAUGACUAGUACCAAAUAAUCUGUAUAAUGUCUGUGGGAUCUGUUGAUUGAUCCAUCAAAACACCGUUUCUUUAAUGGGCAUGGAUGAAAAGUUCGUUGACUUUCCUAUGUGAUGUUUAGGUGAAAUUUGAAAAACUCAUUAUCUAUUUGCCUUGUGUUCUCUUUAGUAUAGCACGCUUUUAUGUUAUUUACAUAUCAUGAACAGCACAUUUUUCCAAUGAAAAUCCUUUACAAAUUUAGACGUUUGCAUAUAUUUUAUAAUCAGACUUUUUAAGUGUAGGACAUCAGCAAACUGAGCCCAAGUAGUAUUUCUCAGUGUUAAUUGCUAUUUGAAAUUCACAUAUGGUGUGCCUGUUGCAUAUCCUUCUAGUUUCGGGGUUAAAAGUCUGACAGUAUUUGUCUUAAGUUAUUAUAGAGUGAAAGAGACGUGGUAUAUGUCAAAGGAAUUAAUGAGGAAAUCUGCUGGUCAUUAAAACCGGCAUUAAUUGGCAAAAUAUCUGGUCAUCAAAACCAGCUGGACAUUUAAAGUCAGCAAAUUCUAUGCCAU